AUGCCGUACGAGAGUUUCAAGAGCUCGCAGCUUGUGUCGAUCCGUGGUCUGGUACAAGACCGCAAAACUGGCACGUGGCGAUAUUUGGUACAAGUGACACGUCACAUGCAAGACGAUGCGUGUAAUGUGCGUCCUGCUCGGACAAACAAGAAAGAGAGUGCGUCCACGUAUAUGACGCGACCAUGUACGACGCAGUCAUACACCAUUCGUCGUAGUUUCGACGACUUCAAACGGUUGCACGAAGGACUGGCGCCACUAAUGGCUAGAGGUGGCAAGUCGCAAUUACCUAAAUUACCAAACGAUAGUUUACUCACUUUUUUUGUGGGAGAGACCCAAACGGCACUUCAGAAGAAACGUUUGGCUCUUGAGCGCGUUCUUGCGGCUAUUGAAGCACAUCCUGCGGCUAGAGAAGCUCCAGAAUACAUGGAAUUUCUCGCAAAUCUCAAUUCGUACGAUGAAGUGGCAAAAGCGCCACUUUCGCCCAGUAUCAGUUCUCGCAGUAGCUUUAGCUUUAGUGAAGAUGGAACUGUGACAUCGCGGGACUUAGUGGGCCCUAAUCUCCUCACGACUUCGAGAUCGGCUAAUGCUUUGCGACGAGCGUAUUUUCAACAUGAUACAGGGAGAGACCGGGAAAAUCAUUUAAUAUUUUCGCACUUCAGCAUGACGUGA